GGAGGAGGCGGCGGAGGGGCCGUGGCGGUCGCCUCCCGCCCCUUCCUCAAAUCGCCGCCGCCGCCUCCCCGCCCCGAGGCGGCGGCGCGGGCGGCAGGGGUAGGGCGGUGCGUGGCGGGCCGGGGUUGCGGUGGCGGCAGCUGAUUGCGGGGCGCAGAUCGUACCAUCUGCGCCGGGCUCCCCUCGCCGUGCACUGCGGAGAAUCCGUGCACGGCAAUAGCAGCCAGAUAAUAACAAUAUUAUUAGAGCCGGGAACCGAUAUAUUAUAGACACAUAAAAAAAGCCCCACCAUGUCGGUUGCCUUUGCUUCUGCUCGCCCAAGAGGCAAAGGGGAGGUCACCCAGCAAACUAUCCAGAAGAUGCUAGAUGAAAAUCACCACCUAAUACAAUGUAUUAUGGAUUAUCAGAGCAAGGGGAAAACUGCAGAAUGUACUCAAUACCAACAAAUCUUGCACAGAAACCUGGUUUACUUGGCAACAAUAGCAGAUUCUAACCAGAAUAUGCAGUCCUUGCUUCCUGCUCCACCAACGCAAAACAUAAACUUGGGCCCAGGAGGAAUGACUCAGAGUGCAUCCAACCAAUCUCUCCAUUCACAGAGCAAUCUCAGCGAUGCGAUUGGGACGGGCCUGCCUCCUUCCUCCCUCAUGCAGAGUCAGAUUAGCAAUGGUCCUAAUCACGUGUCUAUGCAGCAGUCAGGCCAGAACACUAUGCCCACAACCUCUCUGAGUAUGACUGUCAGCAGUCAUGGAACUGGGCCUGGUUAUAGCCAUACAGUGCCUGCAUCUCAGAAUGUGCCAAUGCAAGGCCAGGGGUCAAUAGGCAAUUAUGUCUCUCGAACAAACAUCAACAUGCAGUCUAAUCCAGUCUCCAUGAUGCACCAGCAAGCAGCAACGUCACAUUACAACUCGGCACAAGGUGGCAGCCAGCACUACCAGGGACAGUCCUCCAUUGCCAUGAUGAGUCAGAGCAACCAAGGCAACAGCAUGAUGGGGCAACGACCAAUGGGCCCUUACAGAGCUUCACAGCAAGGUUCCUCGCAGCAGUACAUGGGUCAGGAAGAAUAUUACAGUGAACAGUACAGCCAUGGGCAAGGCUCCUCAGAACCCAUGAAUCAGCAAUACUACCCAGAUGGACAUGGUGAUUAUGCCUAUCAGCAGUCAUCCUAUACUGAGCAGAGCUAUGACAGGUCAUUUGAUGACUCUACACAACACUAUUAUGAAGGAGGAAAUUCCCAGUACAGCCAGCAGCAGGCAGGAUACCAACAGGGAGCUGCACAACAGCAAACAUAUUCCCAGCAGCAAUACCCAAAUCAACAAAGUUACCCAGGACAACAACAAGGAUAUGGUCCUGCACAAGGAGCCUCUUCACAGUAUUCCAGCUACCAACAGGGGCAGGGGCAGCAAUAUGGAAGUUACAGAGCUUCCCAGACGGGCCCGUCCGCUCAGCAACAAAGGCCUUACGGCUACGAGCAGGGACAAUAUGGCAAUUACCAGCAAUAAAAGAAUACGAUGCCAGAUACACUUCAAUAGUAUCUCCAUCUUUUGAACUGGAUGUACAGGCAAUUUUGAUUAAUUGUAAUAUGUUGGUUACCCCUUAGCACAAAGCAGCGUCUGUAUGUGAACAGUGUUCAUUUCAUGCUGGAUAUGAAGCAGUGCACUACUGGUAACAAGACAAUGCUUUAAUGGUUUGAUAUUUGGUGCUGUGUAUAGUACUGUAUGUUGAUACAACGCAGAAGUUUUUCAUUUACCCCCCUUCCUUGCCCCAUUCUUGAUGUUUCUAAAUAGCUUUAGCAUCAUUUGAUUGCAGUUGUGCCCCGUUAUAGAAAGCAGCCAGGUUAUUCGGCAGUCUGGCUCGACACAAAGCCAUUCCAUGAGAUAUCAUGUCCAGGAACACGUCCUGGGGUAGGUGAUUGACCUUUUUUAACUGAAUGCAUUGAAGAUUACCUGCCAGCCUCCAAAAUCCACAGCUCUUCACUUAAUUUCUUAAGAAUAAGGGGAUGGAUGCAUUUCUUAUGUGAAGACAGUUCUAUGCUACAUGUUAAAAUUAUUGGCAGCUUUGGCAAUACCUACCAGGGCUAACUACCCAAGUCUUACAAUUCAAUAAUCUGCAUAAAUUCAUGUUUCUGUUGUAAAAGUCACAGAAAGAAGAUCAAAACCCUAUUUUCAAGGUUAAUCCCUAGAGGCACCUUUUAUGUAGACAUGGAAACUAAGGUAUUUCUGUUGUGGAAAGAAAAAUAGAAAGAAGCUCUGAGAUUUGCAGUGUCAGCCUGCUAGACAUCAAUAUUGCUUCACAUUGUGCUUAGCUGAGAAAAACACCUGGCAAAACUCCAGUCUUAAGUACACAACUACAAAUUUUAUAACAGGCAUAUAUAUUUUCAUGCCAAAUUUCACAGGCAGGUGGCUGGCAUCCUUCUUUAUUUCUAAUUCUUCCAGUGCCCUUGCUCAGAUUUUCCAGCAAGUAUUAUAACCAUAAAUAUUGUCAGAUUUUUUUGGUCUAGUGUUCUUACAGCUCAUCAUCACUUUUAUUUUUCUCUUGUUGCUUGACAGAAAAUAGUUCAGAAGUCAAAGGGGAAAAAAAAAAAGGCAUUUUUUUAAUUGCAGAUAAACAACUACAUUCAGCUUUAAUUGUGAAACAAUAUGCAUUUAGAGGGGAACUGUUACUGGGGUCAGCCAGUGAGAGAAUAAUUCUAGAGGAAGAAUUUAGACAUAAAGCCUAGUGGUAUGUAAAAGGCAGUAUGAACAACGUAAGUCACUUCUGUUCAGUUUUGUGUGUUCCUAUAAAGUGUUGGGGGGAAAAAAGCACUUAUAAAGUGCUUAUCUAAGUGUUGAACAAAAUACCAUGCCCAACCUUCUCAGAGGCAAAAGGCUAGGAUGACUAUACUCCAUGAGCAUUUUUUAAUGAGAUGAACUGCAAAUUUACACGAGAGAGUAAAUAAAUCCUCUGUAGGAUUGUCUCCUUUUCUUUGUUUGAACUGGUGUCUUUAUGAGAUUUCCAGUUUUAGUACUUUAUACUCUGAA